GGUGCGUUCGUUCGUUCGGUUCCGCCGUCGCCGCCGUCGGCCGCCGCUACCACCGUCGCUGUCGCACGAGUUCGUCUCGGUUCGGGUUUACUCGGCGCUUCAGUUCGUGUCCUCUCGCUGCGCACGACGGACGUGUCUCUCGGUGAUCGCGCAGAGAACGUAUUUUAUAUAUAUAUAUAGAUAUAUGCAUAGGGACAUAUAUAUAUAUACACACACGUACAUAUACAUAUACACAUAUAGACUGUUUGCGACUCUCUCGAACUACCUACCACCAUCGAGUUAUUAUUCUCGUUAAAUGCACAGAGAGAAAGAAAGAGGGGGGGAAUCCAGAGUACAAGUCAAAACAUAGAGACGACACGGAAGAGAAAGAAAGAAAAGAAAUAAGUAUAUAGACAACGAUUUAAUUCGCGAAGAAACGAGUCGAGUAUCGUGCCGAAGAAGGUCGUUUCUUCAUACAUAUAUAUAUAUAUAUAUAUAUGUAUGUAUGUAUGUAUGUAUGUAUAUAUAUAUGUAUGUAGAGAGAGAGAGAGAGAGAGAGAGGAAAGUAUAAUAAGAGGUGUAAUAGAAAGGAGAAAACGAAGAAUCGAAGAACGAAGAAGUUUGUCGUCGGAUCACGACGGUUUAUUCUGUAAGCGUCCUUUUCGGGUGAAACCGUGACGACCAAGUGUGAAAGUGAACGAAGGUGAAGAUCCAAGUGCGCGAUUUUAGAAGGGUGCCGAUCUCACGCGCGUGUCCACCUUUCUAUCUCUAUCUACCUCUAUCUCUACCUCCUCCUUCUUCUUCUUCACCCUCAGACUCCACACUGCUCCUGUCGCCCACCUCCUCGCUCUCCCUCCCCCCCAUUUCUCUCGCGUUAACCGCGAGUGCCGCGAGUUAAAAUGGCGCUCGGCUUCGUCCGCAAGAGCGCUUUUCCGUACAACAGCAUCGCUACAAAGCAAUCUCGUGGCUCGUUGUCAUCGUCCUCAUCGUCAUCGUCAUCGUCAUUACCGUUGUUGUUUCAACGUAGUGCCGCGUUCUCUCUUUGAACUCGUCGCGUUUUUUCCAAAUCCUUAGCGAGUGCAAAGAAAAAGAAAAAGAAGAAGAAGAAGAAGUAGUAGUAGUAGUAGUAGAAGAAGAAGAAGAAGAAGAAGAAGAAGAAGAAGAAGAAGAAGAAGAAGAAGAAGAGAAGGAAGAAGAAGAAGAAGAAGAAGAAGACGGAGAGAAACCUUUCUCCUCGACUCGUCCUUUCGCUCUCCGCGCGCCACCACAUCCCGCGUCCUCCUGCACCUACCUCCUCCUCCUCCUCCUCCUCUUCGUUCUACUCUUCUCUCUCUCUCUCUCUCUCUCUCUCUUUCUCUUUUCUUUUUCCUCUUCUCUCCUCUCCUCUCCUCUCCUUUCCUCUCAUCUCCUCUUCUCCUCUCCACGGGCCGCGCGCCCCGUCGGAGCCAGCCGGCUCGGGCGGCAUUCCGCGAAUCGCGAACCCGACCGCCUGUCCUCGCGGCAGAGCCCGAGAAAACGACUUUGCUUCGUCGUACGUUUCGUACGUCCGUUCCUUCGAACUCACCGUAGACACGACUAAGCCAAACCCCCUCUUUCUUUCCUCCUCCUCUUCUUCCUCCUCAUCCUCAUCCUCAUCCUCAUCCUUAUUCUCAUCAUCCUCGUCCUCGUCUUCAUCCUCAUCCUCAUCCUCGUCUUCAUCCUUGUCUUCGUCCUCGUCCCUUCGCUCGCUACUUUUUUUUCCUUCUUAUUUUUCUUCCCUCUUUCUUCUCUCUCUUCCCUUUUUUUUUUCAAUUUAAUGUAAUUUUAUUUUGGUUUGUUUGAUUUUGUUUGGUUUUUCUUUUUUUUCUUUCUUUCUUUCUUUCUGUAUCUGAUUCUCUGUCUCGUUCUUACCUCUUUUCUUACUUCUCCUACUGACAAACCCACCAGACAAAACGAGGAAUAUCAUCCGUCCCGCUAACCUUCGGGAUCUAGACGAGCGAACGCAAGAAGCCAUCUCUCCUCGAGUCUUUCUUACAGGAGAGGCGAUAUCUGGGAGCCUUUAUCGGCUGAUGUGACGAAUAUAGAAGAAGUGUAGUAGUUGGUGAUGUCUUCUUGGUAGAAAAGAACAAAAAAAAAAGAAAAAAGAAAGAAAGAAAGGAAGGAAGGAAGGAAAGAGAAGGCCCGAAAAAAGGAAAAGAAAAGAAAUAUAUCAAGAAGAAGAAGAAGAAAGAAGGAGAGAGAUCGGUGAGGCGAUAGAUGCACCGAAGGGAAGAGGGAAAAAAGGAGGUGGUGGUCCUGGCGCAGCGAAGGCAGCAUCGUUUUCUUUGUCGUCGAAGUGGUGCCGGUAGUAUCGGUGGUGCUGGUGCUGUUGGUGCCGUUGGUGGUGGUGGUGCCGAGUAAGAAGAAGGACGUCGUCUUUGAAGGAACGACCUGGAGCGGCGGGCGGAGGGGGAGGUGGAGGUGGAGGAGGAGGAGACAUCGUCCCUCCCUCCUGGAGGCAUAGGAGGAGGCAUGAGGAGGAGAGAACGGAGGAGGCUCUGAGGCUCGCCGCUGAAGACAAGGAUGGCUCCGUUCUUCGCCGCGAGCACUCUCGCGGGCGCACUCCGCCCUCUGCUCGCGCUUCUGCUCGCGCUUCUGAUCGGCUGCCCGCGAGCUAUACAUGCGGAACAAGUCGUUCUCCUGGACACAACGACGGAGGCGAAGCUCGAGUGGACGAGGUAUCCCUAUGGACCGCAAGCAAGCACUCCUGGCUGGGUGGAAGAGUCGUUCACAAACUUCGACAAGGGUAUCAAUUGGCGAAGUUACGUCGUCUGCGACGUCGCUUAUAACAACGUGAACAAUUGGCUCUGGACGCCGUUCAUCGAGAGGGGUCCGGCGAAUCGCAUGUACAUAGAAAUCAAAUUCACGACACGAGACUGUUCGUUGUUCCCUGGAAAUGCCCUUAGCUGCAAGGAGACAUUCAGUCUUCUCUACUACGAGUUUGACGCCGCUACGAAAGAGCCACCACCGUGGGAGCCGGACAGUUAUAAACUCAUCGGACGAAUAGCCGCUGGCGAGGGUAGAUUCAACACGAAUACGGAAGUGGUGAUUAACACCGAAAUAAAGUCCGUACCAGUUACGAAGAAGGGCGUGUACUUUGCCUUCCGUGAUCAAGGUGCCUGCAUCUCGCUUCUUGCCAUCAAGGUUUAUUACAUCAGUUGUCCGGAAAUCUCGGUGAACUUUGCUCAUUUCCCGGCGACACCGACCGGCCGCGAAGUCGCUUUGGUCGAACAAACGAUCGGCACCUGCGUCGCGAAUGCCGUUAAGAUCGAGACACCGACGUUCCUUUGCAAGGGUGACGGUAAAUGGUAUCUACCAAGUGGUGGAUGUCAUUGCAAACCUGGUUACCAAGCAGACGUUGAAAAGCAGCAGUGCAUCGAAUGUCCGAUCGGUAGAUUCAAGCACGAGGCUGGACCCCACAGCUGCGAGCUGUGUCCUACUCAUAGCAAAUCGACCGAUCAGGCUGUCACCGAGUGCCGCUGCGAUGCCGAUUAUUACAGAGCUGCUGAUGAUCCCAAGAAGAUGCCCUGCACACAACCACCGUCGGCGCCUCAGAACCUAACCGUCAAUUUCGUGGACCAAUCGACGGUGAUUCUUUCGUGGAACGCACCGCACAAGCUCGGUGGUAGGACCGACACAACGUAUAGGGUCGUUUGCGAUGCUUGCAGCAUGGGUGUCAAAUAUAUACCUAACACGGAGAUCUUCAACGACACGAAGAUCACGAUCACCGGCUUAAAUGCUGUCACGACCUAUCGUUUCCAAGUGUUCGCCGAGAAUGGUGUGUCCGCACAAGCUGGGAAGUCGGAAUACGUGGACAUCACGGUCACCACCGAAGCAAGCGUACCGAGCUUAGUGAGCAAUGUUAGAAUAACGAGCGUCAAAAGUUCCGAACUGAGCAUUAGUUGGGAUGCACCGGUCACGGAAGUAGGUGGAGACAGCGAUCACGUUGAGAGAUACGAAGUGAGGUGUUAUCCGCGCUUCGACGAUGCCAUUAACGCCACUGUGAUCCAAACUUCAGAUCUCUCUGCUACUUUUAAAGGCCUAAAGCCAGCAACGGAUUAUGCGAUUCAGGUUCGAGCUAAAACCACACGUGGCUGGGGCGAAUAUACCCCUGUUAUCUACAAAAAGACACCGCACGCGAUGGGACUCGACUAUGUCGGCGAAGACGACAAUAUGCAGGUCAGAAUAAUCGCCGGUGCAGUAGUAGCAGUGGUCGUCCUUCUCGUUAUCAUCAUCGUCAUGACCGUUCUCUUCCUGAGAAGCAGGGCCUCAGACGAGUGUAACAAGAAACAGCCGAGCGAUUGCGACACCUUGGAAUACAGAAACGGCGAAGGACUAGUUGUGACCUACAUGCACUGCAAAAUGGACAGUUCACCGAUUGUGACAACCCACACCAACAACAAGAGCAAGUCGUCGCUGACGACGCCGCUGUUCACGCCUGCAGUGGGAGUAACUGGAGCGGGUGCUGGAGGUACAGGUGGCACCGGUGCUAGGAGCUACGUCGAUCCUCACACCUACGAGGAUCCAAAUCAGGCUGUUCGAGAAUUUGCUAGAGAAAUUGACGCUGGAUACAUCACGAUAGAAGCCAUCAUCGGCGGUGGUGAAUUCGGAGACGUUUGUCGUGGCAAAUUGAAACUACCACCGGAUGGUCGAACGGAAAUCGACGUGGCCAUAAAGACAUUGAAACCUGGCUCUGCUGACAAAGCACGGAACGACUUUCUAACGGAAGCCUCGAUAAUGGGUCAGUUCGAACACCCCAAUGUGAUAUUUCUUCAAGGUGUCGUGACAAAGAGUAAUCCGGUGAUGAUCAUCACCGAGUUCAUGGAGAACGGAAGUUUAGACACUUUUCUUCGGGCGAAUGAUGGUAAAUUCCAAGUGCUUCAGCUGGUCGGUAUGCUACGUGGCAUAGCCAGUGGUAUGCAGUAUCUCGCCGAAAUGAAUUAUGUGCAUCGUGAUCUCGCGGCAAGGAAUGUCCUGGUGAAUGCUGCUCUGGUUUGUAAGAUAGCUGAUUUUGGACUGAGCCGAGAGAUUGAAAGUGCGACGGAGGGUGCAUAUACAACUAGGGGCGGUAAGAUUCCGGUACGAUGGACAGCACCAGAGGCAAUAGCAUUCCGUAAAUUUACUAGCGCCUCCGACGUCUGGAGUAUGGGUAUCGUUUGCUGGGAAGUCAUGUCCUACGGCGAGAGACCAUAUUGGAAUUGGUCCAACCAAGACGUGAUAAAAUCGAUCGAAAAAGGAUACAGACUUCCAGCACCGAUGGACUGUCCCGAAGCAAUCUAUCAGUUAAUGCUCGACUGUUGGCAGAAAGAACGAACUCAUCGGCCUACCUUCGCCAAUCUCACUCAGACAUUGGACAAACUCAUACGGAGUCCGGACACUUUGAGGAAAAUCGCGCAGAACAGCGUGAGGCCGCCCGCACACAAUCCGUACUAUGUCACAAGCCAUACGGCUGCCGCCCAGGCCGCAGCAGCGGCGGCGGCGGCUGCUGCCACGGCGGCUGCCACGGCUGCCUCGGCGGCUGCUCCGGUACCAGGUGCACCCACAACGGGACCGUUCCCCGUAGACGUGGUCGGUCAUCAGGCCCAUCAGGCCCAGUCAACGAUUGCCGUUCCAGUAAUGCCACCAGGAGCCGCCCGUAGCCUACACUAUCACACACACGCAGCAACACAUGCACUGCCACAUCAACCACCUCUAACAUAUCCUAAUUGGGUUCCCUUCACUCACUUUGGUUGAUUUCCAUUCUCUCCCACCGAUGUCUCAUAAUAAUUUCCUAUAUUCUAUUCCCACUCACCAAAGGGAUUCUAAUUGAUAUUAUAUAUUAUAGCCUACCUAAACCUGUAUAUAUAUAUACAUGCAUACAUACGUCUAUAUUACGAUCGUCGUUUUCGAUUAAUAGUUGUCGAUUUUAUCCGAGAUUAUAUAGUAUAUAAAUACAUAUAUAUAUAUAUAGAUAUAUAAAUCGAGAGCCGUAGAUGACGAAUUUAUUAUUAUUAUUAUUAUUAAUUAUUAUUAUUAUUAUUAUUAUUAUUAUUAUUAUUAUUAUUAUUAUUAUUAUUAUUAUUAUUAUUAUUAUUAUUAUUAUUAUUAUCAUUAUCAUCAUCAUCAUUAUCAUCAUCAUCAUCAUCAUUAUUAUUAUCAUUAUUAUUAUUAAUUAUUAUUAUUAUUAAUUAUUAUUAACAUUAUUAUUAUUAUUAUUAUUAUUAUUAUUAUUAUUAUUAUCAUUAUUACUAUUAUUAUUACUAUCAUUAUUCUUAUUAAUAUUAUUAUUAUAGUAUCAUAUUCUAUCGUAUUGUUCGUUCAAGCGUUAGGCCCUUUUAGCUUCUUCCGCUAAUAUAUAUCAUGUCAUAUCGGUCAAUACCAAUGACAUUAUAGAACGUACAUAAUAAUAAUAAUCAUUUCAAAUUAGAGCGAUUUAAGAAGAAUGUUUUCGUGAUACUCUUUCGCGUUCCCGUACGUUUCUUCCGCGCGAACCGUUCUAUACGGGUUUCAACCAUUUGUUCCUUUCGCGAGACGAGCGUUUUUCGUCGAUUAAACUCGACUCCGGACCUCGACUGUUUCAACUAUAAAUUACAGACGCAGUCUUAUUACUCAUCAUACUCUUAUAACUCAUCAGACAUAUACACACAUGCACAUACAUAUGUGUAUGUUCACGUAUAUGUACACUCUCAAUGUACGCCGAUCUUUUUCAUUUCGAGCGACACAUUGUAUAGAAGGACAUUUGUAAUUUUACCAGAAUUUAUUUAUAGCAGAUCACGUUAGGUGAUAGUAGGUUCGUCAGCCAUUGAAUCAUGCGAGAUCGCAAAGAAUCCGAAAACAAUAAUUAUAUUAUCUUGCAGUUUAAAAAAGAUAAAUAGUAUGAAAUAGAUGGGAAAAAAAGAAAAGAAAAAAAAAAGAAAGAGAAUAGAAAAGAAAGAAGAUAAAGAAGCUUUUAUAUAAAAGAGGACGAAUCGAACCAACGAAUAGCUAAACGUAGAACGUAACAUCGCGAGCUUAGACGAAAGAGACAAGAACGACGCAAUCGCGAUUAACGAUAGUCUUUCACGAUCUUUUUCUAAUUCUAUAUUUAGUGGUAAAUGCAUAUGAUUAUAUACGUAAAUGUAUUAUUACAAACGCGAGUAUUGAAUACACGUAUACAUAUGACGUAAUAUAUAUGUAUAUAUAUAUAUAUAUAUAUUAUUAAUAAAUAUAUAUAUAUGUGUAUGUAUGUAUAUGUAAUAUCGUCGAUCGAUUUUAACGUAAAAACAAAAACGUAAAGACUUAUUAGCAAUAUUAUAAUCAUGCGAGCGAAACGGUUCGACCAUUUUAGAAUAGUAUUUUUAUACUUGAGAUAUUAAAAGGAAAAGGGGAGAAAAAAUAUGGGCAACCAUCUUAGGAAAAAUAACGUAAACGAAAAGAAAGAUGAACAGAGAAGAUUAUCGGUAAUAAUCGAUAAGCGAAUAAACCUUCGCUGUAAAUCUUUUGCCCCUUGGCAAAUUUCUUUUUUUUUUUCUCCGUUCCUCACGUCCUUUUAACCACCGUUCAUCAUCCCCUUCAAUUUUGCACACAUUUUCGUACGAGCGUACUUCUCGAAAGUUCAACGUAAUAUGUGAUAUCGACGACGUAGAGUAGUAGAAAAUCGAGUUUACGAAUAAUGAUAAAACGGACAAUCAAUUUUUCGAUGUCGGCUCGACGAAAAGAAAAAAAAGAAAAGGAAAAAAAAAGAAAGAAAAAAAAAUGCAAAGAAAUAAUACUAACGCGUUUCAAUGGCAGAACGAUCUAUCCGAGACAUUACGCGCGAUUUCGUACGAUCGUAACAUUGAUCGCGUUUAUAUUGUGUUUAUCUCCUAAAUUGAUCCCUCGUUCACGCAACCACACUAUCCUAUAUAUUACGCACCUAUACACAAACACACAAACCAACACACCUAAUACACAAGCAAGAUCACUCUCGAGUAAGAGACGAGAAAAGAGGAAACGAACGAAUGAAAGUGCGACUUGCGAAUUUGAGAGCUAUCACUGGCGGACUAUAAAAAAUAAAAAAUAGAAAACCACUCACGCACACACACAUACACACACACACCAAAUAAAAAGAAAAAGGAAACAAGAAUAGAAAAAAAGAAACACACCAGUAUCGCGAGAAAGAAAAGAAAAAAAAACCACGAACACAUUGCAAAUAGUAACACACACGAGUGUGACCUCUAUUGCACUAACAAAUGCUAACAAUUGUCAGAAUCAGGGAACGGGGUGCUCCACCCCCACCCCCACCCGCCACGUCGGCAUCUUCCAACGUGCAUUUGAGAAAAAGGUAAAAAAAAAUAUCAAGAACGGUCUCUCCUAUAGCCGAAAAGCAUAAGAAAGAUAAAAAAAAUCGAACGAAGCGGGAAGCAACGAAGUUUUGCAAAGUGUUCUCUUUUUGAUGAAAGUAAAAAGGAGUGAUUCUUUUUACGUGCUAAAAUUAAAAAAAAAAAAAGAAAGAAAGAGGGAGAAAAAAAAGAAGAUUAAAAUAGAAAAAGGAAGAACUAGAAGAUGCUUCCUUGCUUUCUACGCUUUGUCGAAAUCGUAACAGAUAUUUCUAUCACGUAGACGAGACAGCAUUUGCUAUGCUUGUACCCUUUUAGUUCGUAUCGCACUGCUUGCUUCAUACGCACCAUUACCCCCGAUUCUCACGUAUACAUCCAUUUCAAGCUCGACUAUUUAAAUCGCUCAGUUUACCAUAUUUCUCGUAUCAUCAUUAUUAUUAUAAUUAUUACUAGUAAUAUUGUUACUUAUUAUUAAUUGAUUACCAUCACUACUAUAACAACCCCGUACUAAUACUAUUACUACUACUACUACUACUACUACUACUACUACUACUACUACUACUACUACUACUACUACUACUACCACUACUACCACUACUACCAUUACUAGCGUUAUAAUUGUUACUACUACUACUAUUAGUAUCAUUCAUCUUCUUCUUUUUAUUAUUUUUAUUAAUAUUAUUGUGUUGUUAUUAUUAUUAUUAAUAUGAUUAAUAUUAAUAUUAUUAUCAUUAUCACUAUUUAUUUUUAUUAUUAUGAUUACUAGUGCUAUUAUAAUUAUUACAAUUAUUAUUAUUUUUUUAUUGUUAUUAAUAUUGAUAUGUCUUAUAUUUAAACGCAAAGAGGCUCCAACUUAAUCGAUAAUGUAUAGCUUCCCUUUUUUCUUACAUUCAAACUUGUAAAUAUAUUAUUACAGAAAUGAUAUAGUUAACAAUGCUGUAAUUAAUGCUUUUUUUUAUGACUGUAUAAUUUGAUAACACGCGUUUGAGCCUUUUUGUCGAAAGGUGUACAUAUAAAAAGACAUAUGGAUUUCCCGUUUAGAAAUUAAGAUUCAUUUUAUAUACAUCUAUUCUAUCAUACCCUAUGUCACGUGUCUCUUUACCCCCCACCCCCUACCAACCCCACACCCAUUCAUUUUAAAAACCUAAUAAGAGAAUAAAUAAAUCGAACGACUUGAAUUUAUCUUA